AUGCAUCAGGUGGAGACUGCCAGUUUGGAAGAUCGCCGUAUAACUGUUCGUCAUCUGGCCCAAGAUGUCAAGAUUAGUUUUGAGUCUGUAGAUAAAAUUAUUUAUGAGCAUCUGCAUAUGCAAAAAUUGUCUGCUCAAUGGGUUCCCAGGUUUACUCACAUCUUUCCAGAAGCAGGGGCGAGUCCAUUUUCCCAAGGUUCUUUUAGCUAUAUGUCAAGAAAAUCAGGAUUUUUGGGCAGACUAAUUAUGCAGGAUGAAACUUGGGCCCAGUCAAAUGGAGCGUCCCAGAAACUGUUUGUGCUCACUUCACUCGCCAGCCGCACUGCUCUCAAGAAAAAGCUGAAAUGGUUUCCUGUCUCAUCACCGUAUACGCUAGCUCGUUCCCCUGUGAACUUGCGUAAUUCCAGCGCAACCACUUGA